AUGCGUUCAUGGCAAAACCGGUUACAGUGUGCAAUAACUUGCCAACGUCAUCAGAGGGAGGCCCUACAACAACAUACUAAAACGAUGAAUUCCCCACCCUCCAUAAAAGAUUAUUCCAAACUGGAUGCUUAUUAUAUUACACCCAAGGGGAAAAAAGUGAGAACCCGAAAUGAGAUAGCAGCAUUUUUAAAAGAAAAUCCUAUAUACGAAGGCAUAUCCGCUUCAGAUUUCGACUUUGCAAACCUAAAGGUUAUGGAAGACACUAUCCCUGAGAUUGUCGGUAAAAAGGGUUCUGGUAGCAGCUACAAAAAAAUGAGACCUCUGAAGGAUGAGGAGGAGACGGGCAGUGUAUGA